CCACUGCGCUCUGCCAGCUGGCAACCCUUUUUUUGAGUCUGGCGCAUCCGGCACAGCUGCCCGCCAUCUGGCUCCCAGCUGGCACAUUUUCCCGCUCUCCCUUUGCGCGCCGGCCCAGUGCCCUCCCCCCCAAAAGGCUCGCAGACACUGUCCUUCUCUGCUCACUUCUGGCGUCCGUCCCCUUCCCAAAUCGUUUUCCCCCCCGAAAAAAAGCUGCUCCCCCAGCCCAGCCCACUUUCACUGGCCUUUCCCCUUCCCGCCUUUUUCUUCCCUUUCCCUUUUCUUCCACACGCCCCCCAAAAACCCAAUCGUGUUCCAUCGCGACAUUUUUAUUCUUUUUUUAAUUCUUCCCGUCUUUUCUUUUAUAUCUUGCGACUAGGGGAAUAGUCUCAUCGAUAUCCCUCUUCCCUUCCUUUUUCUUUUAUUCCAUUAAUUUAUUCGCAAAAGACCGCGCUUUUUGCUCGUCGCGUCGCUAGCCUCGUCGCAAACAUCCUCCCCGACUCCCGCGUCCGCAUUUCACCCCGACAUCUUCGUCGCAUCCAUCGUCGCAAUGUCUUCUACGCGCACUCUUCCCGCCAAGAGAAACCCUCUCCUCUUGGAGAAUAUUCCUGCUUAUGAGGACCUCGUCGAACGCCGUCGCCUCGGUCAGACCAAGCUCACACCCAAGGUUGUCGACGCGGAUGCCGCCGAUGUAACGCCCACCGAUGCUUUCGACUAUGCUCACCUUCGCGCUCCCUUGAAGAAGGGCAUUGUCUCCGGCAUCUUCAAGUCCAGCCCCAACAGCUAUUUCCUGAUGCGCCGUAGCUUCGACGGUUACGUUUCCGCCACCGGCAUGUUCAAGGCUACCUUCCCCUACUCCGAGACGGUGGAAGAGGAGGCCGAGCGCAACUACAUCAAGUCGCUGCCGACCACCAGCCACGAGGAGACCGCAGGUAACAUCUGGAUCCCUCCUGCACAGGCCCUCGCCCUCGCCGAAGAGUACCAAAUCGGCAUCUGGAUCCGCGCCCUGCUCGAUCCCGCCGAGAUCCAAAACUCUAGCCAGUCUCCUUCCAAGGACAUCGCGUCGCCUCCCAAGUUUGACGUUAACAAGGCUCAGCCUCACCUUGCCGCUCCCAUCACCACCACUGGCCCUGCCGCCAAGGGUUCUCGUGCCCGCCGCUCCGUGAGCCCCAGCAAGAGCAAGAAGACGCCCGCCUCCCCCAAGAAGCGCGUCAGCAAGAAGAAGGCCGCCGAGGCCGAGGCCGCUGCUGCUGCCGCCGCCGCCGAGUCUACCGUUCCCAAGUCCGACUUUGCGCCCAACGUUGUCCUCCAGCCUAUUGCUGCCGAUGACGAAACUGUCAAGGUCCACGUCGUUGAGGAGCCCGUCAAGGGCGCCAAGAAGGAGAACAAGAAGCAGACGGUUACCGAGGUCGAGCUUCCUCUGGCAACCGCUGGCCAGCCUCCCAGCGCCGAGGAGAUCAAGCAGAUGAUGGACACCGCCGCCGAUAUGGUUAAGCAGCAGCACGAGGACGAAAAGGCCGGCAAGAAGAGCCCCGGUAAGCCCGAAUCUGCCAAGAAGACAAAGCGCAAGGCCACCGAGAUUGCCGGCCCCGAGCCUGGUGAGGAGAAGACUGCCGAGAAGACCAAGGAGCCCCGAGCAAAGAAGGCCAAGACGGACGCUGAGAUCCGCAAGGACAAGGUCCGAAACCGCGCCCUCUGGGGUAUUGGAGCCACAGUUGCCGUUGGUGCUGCUGUUCCUUGGUUGAUGAACUUUUUGUAAUGGUCGGCAGGGCACGAUAUCCUUAUAUAGUAGGUCUGCACGCGGCAGACGCGAUGGAACGGCGUACCAGUUUUUGUUUUGUGCUUGAGUUUGGUCUACCUUUGUCGUUUUUGUUUCUUGGUUUAGUUUGCGUCGCUUGUCUUACGAAAUUCCCCCUCUACACUACGUCCUCCCACCCCCGUCGUCCACUUUAUGCUGCCGCCGCGAGCUGGUUCGCUAAAGUUGAGACUAAAAAACUACAUGCUCAAUACCCCCCCGUUCUUUAUAUUAUAGUUGAUGAGGCAAAGCAAUGCCUGGCGCUGCCGAGUGUUUGUCUGCCAGGUGUUUAGGUUCCAGUUAAUAUUUUUCUUUUUUAACAAAUUGGUUAUUACAAGAUAUGAUGUGUUGAUGCCGUGUGUUCUGUAGUGUUCGUUGACUGUUGGUGUUGCAUGCUUAGAGUAUGCUACUACACAAGGUAGUUGAGCACCAAAUGUCUAUGCCAGAGAGUCUAGCGCGACUCAAUGCCGUCAAUUAAAUACCAAGAGAAGGCUCAGU